AUGAAUAUCUCGGAAAGAUAUAAAGGUUUUCCAGGAAACCAAGACACGGCAGCAAGUGCUGACGACUUCCCAUUCUCAAAAGCUGCUCGACUGGCCUGGACAGUUAUACCCCCUAUAAUUCUGAUCCUCGGAACAUUCGGGAACACCAUGUCUAUUGCGGUUCAUCACAGGCUGAGUAGAAAAAGGCAGUCGGGUAUUUCAGUCUAUCUUGUAGCACUGGCAGUCUCAGAUCUUUUGCUGCUUUAUUCUGGUCUCCUCGUGCAGUGGGUGUCCAAUCUCUUUAAGGUCAACGUCACCAGGUCAAGUAACUAUUUGUGCAAACUAGUUGUUUGGUUUAUUUACACGAGUGGAGCUGCGUGCGCCUGGCUGCUCGUUGCUGUAACGUUGCAGAGAGCGACGUCGGUGGUGUGGCCGCAUCGUGUAAAUUCGCUCAUAACCCUUAAAAGGUCGAUCAUCGUUGUACUGGGUCUCAGCGGCACAUUGAUGCUCAUCCACGUGCAUAUUUUAUAUGGCUGGGGGGUCGUUGUCACAAACUCUUCAAACAACACGUUCUCUCGAGACUGCGCGAAAGUAACCAAAGGUUAUCUAAACUUUUUUGACCGCAUUUGGUCCUGGGUCGACCUGCUCGUCUUCUCCCUUGUCCCAUUCAUCAUCUUGCUGGGAUCCAACAUGGUUCUUCUCAAAACGGUUGUAACGUCAGUUCAAGAAGCCCGCACCAGGCUGAGUGACAAGCAGCAGGUUACCUCUCGCAAGAAGACAGCCUCGUCCAUGACCAUAACUUUGAUAGUUCUGUCUUUCACUUUUGUAUCACUAACAGGUCCGAUCUGCGUCUACCUCCUGAUGAAGCCGUACGUGUUUGACGGUGAGAACGUCAGCGAUGAGACCGAAGCCUUGCGACGUUUAGUCUUCGCUGUCAUGGAUUUGCUGUGGUACAGCAACAGCAGCAUCAACUUCUACCUGUACUGUCUGAGUGGCAGCAAGUUCAGGACAGAACUAAAUGAGCUUCUUAGUCAGUUUAAACGUGCGAUUGGAGUCUGUCUUAAAAUAAAUAUUUGA